CGACGGCUCGGCCUUACAUGCCGGUGCCAAUUGUCGAGUGUGAUGUUGACAUCCCAACCCCAGAAUUCCUCUAGCGUUUCCCAGGCGGCGUGCGGAGCGGUGGAUCUGGCUCCGUGAGUGGAGCCUCCCUCGGCAUAUUUCCACCUCGACCACCAAAUGCCCCGACCACUCGGCGGGGACCUCGUGGGACCUGAGUCGCAUUGCAUCUCAGGGUCUUUGACAGAACACAUUUCUCCCCGCCCAACAUGGCGGCGGUCGCAACCUGAACACAUUGCGCAAAGAGAAGCCGUCGGGCGCGUACCUAUCGAACAACCCAGAUCACAGUUCCAGAGCAGCAUGAGCCUGCUGCGCCCGACCUGGCCGCCGUCACCAUAAUGGGUCUUCUAAACUCCCUCCCGAAGCUACCCCUCGUCGGGUCGAUCCUCAUAGUCCUCUGCUCGCUCUUCACCCCCACGACCGCCUACACCGAACUCGGCGACGAGGCCCUCCGCGCGAUCCCCUCGGGUGGCGAUGGCUUCAACAUUGACACCGGCUCGCUGCUGGCCCCCAUCCUGAUCCCCCGCGUCCCCGGCACCCCGGGCUCGCUCAAGGUGCAGCAGCACUUUGUCGAUUUCUUCCGCGCCAACCUGCCCGAGUGGAUCAUUGAGUGGCACAACUCGACAUCCAAGACGCCCGCGACCGGAGAUAAGGAGAUACCCUUCACGAACCUCAUCUUCCGCCGCGACCCGCCGUGGGCCAAGGGCGGAGACGUCGAGUAUCUGACGCUCGUGGCGCACUAUGACAGUCUGUACCACCCGGAAGGGUUCAUUGGGGCGAUUGACAGUGCGGCGCCUUGCGCGAUGCUGCUCCACGCGGCAAGGAACAUUGAGGAAGCUCUGGUGAAGAAGUGGAAGGCAAUGGAGGCCUCAGGUGACGCUGGGAGCGGGCUCGAGGAGGAGAAGGGCGUCCAGAUCAUUCUGCUUGAUGGAGAGGAAGCAUGGGUGUCGUGGACGGACACAGAUUCGCUCUAUGGAGCCAGGGCGCUCGCCAAGAGCUGGGAAGACUCUGUUCACCCUGAUGGUCUAUACAAGACUCCUCUUUCAUCCAUUAGCCUCUUCCUUCUUAUCGAUCUUCUGGGUGCCCCUAAUCCCCGGAUACCAUCUUACUUCCCUUCCACGCACUGGGCGUAUAAGAAGAUGGCAAAGAUCGAGCAUCGCAUGCGCGAACUGGAUGUCCUUGAGACCAAACCGAAACAUCCUUUUUUGACGGAUAGGAACAAAGAGAAGGUCGGCUUCGGUGGGGGGUACGUCCUAGAUGAUCAUGUACCGUUCUUGCAGCGAGGUGUUGAGAUCCUGCACAUCAUCCCGACGCCGUUCCCCGACGUAUGGCAUAAGAUUGAAGAUGACGGUGCCCAUCUGGACCUACCAACAGUACGGGAUUGGGCGCGUAUUCUCACGGUUUUCGCGGCAGAGUGGAUGGAGUUGGAUGAGCACCUACCCAAGCAGAUAGAGGGUGAGGCUGCUAGCGAUUCGAGCGAUAUCAAAGAUGAGCUAUGAUUUAGACA